AUGGAUACCUCUAAGGUUACGACACCCCCGGCAACACCGUCGCGCGCCUCGAUUGAUCCCGCCACCAAUGCCGAACGUUCAACUGUCUCGAUGUAUCCACCUACAAUGGAUAACAGCGAUGACUUCAUUGAGAUUCGGCACGUUCCAGAUCUCGUUGACGUCACCCCGCCGCAGAUGCUGAUGCAAACGCCCAUUACCAUCGAAUGCGGACCGGACCUCGCGACUAAGCUCAUCUUUCAUCAAGAGAUCAUCUGCUGCAACAGCAAGCAACUCAGCAAUCGAUUCGAAAAGGCGAAGCCUCUCAUGGCUCAUUACAAAAAGGCUGACGAUUUCCGAAACGACUUGGCCAGAUACGUGUUUCCUGAAGUCGACCCGAAGGAGUUCGAAGAUAAAAAGAUGGAUAGACAGGCCAUACCACUGAUAAAGGAAGCAUCCGAGAACUACCCUCUAAUCGGAUAUGCCGGUCUUGUCAAGAAAAACAUCAUGGACGCAGUAGCAGGCGAGAUGAUUGCCAAGAACAACAUGAAGAAGCUGGCGCCAAAGCCUGGAGUCGAGUUGAGUCUAGCAGGCCGUCUGGAUCUGCUCAAGCCCCAAUCCGUACACGCUGUAGCCGCAAAGCUCUUUACCUUCGUCCAUCGCAUCAACAAAGCCGAGAUCAGCAAGGCUAAGGACGACAUCUUAAAAGCUACCGCUCAGCACCGCAUCAUACUACCGAGUGUCGACGAGUCAACAGUUCGAGCGCUCAUGCAGUGGAUCUACCACAAGACUCUUCCGUUCGAAGGGUCCGAACAGACUUACGCCGUCAUGAAUCUCGCCGAGAGGCUCGGUGUUGAUGCGCUCGCCGACAAGUGCCGUGGGGCGCUGCACUACGCCACUUUCGGCUGUCUAAAGACCGCCGAGACAGACGGUAUCUCUCUACAGACUUUGCUCGGAUACGGCAUGAACCCCGCCAACGACGAUGUUGUGAAGGUCGUCUUCCAAUACGCCAUGAAGGACGUCAGUGCCCCCAUGGAGCUCAAGAGUCUCAUCAUUGACUCCCUGGCCGGUUAUCUUGAUCUUGAGUUAUGGCAGCACGUCAAGGACCAGAUCAACCAUAAGACGGCACUGCAAAUCAUUGAAUCAAUGAUCAGCUUGCGACCACUUGUCAAAACCGAGAUGGACAGCCCAGACAGUAUCAAAUCCGAGAGUCAAGAAGCCUCUAGCAGCAAUGUCUCCGAGAGCAUGGCUAUCGACGAGGACAAGAAGCCCAUUCACGUCAAAGAGCAGAACGAAAACCACAUUUAA